GGAGUGCAGUUCAACUAUUCUCACUAGGUUCUUGUGAAUAAACCAGAGCUAAAAUUGGUGUCAAGAGAUCGGAGAAAUUACAUUAGGAGUGAUCACGAUGACUAUGCAGCUUCUUGUGUGUUUGUUUACACUUUUGAUUCAGCACCACGUACAGAAAACACGAGCCUGUGAUGGAGUGUACACCUCACCCAGUGGCUCCAUCUCGUCCCCGCUGUACCCCAGUCAGUACCCGCCUAAUAAAGACUGUAUCUACAUCAUCAACACAACACAGGGCCAUCGCAUUACCUUGACAUUUGUCACAUUUGAAAUUGAGGCUGCAACCGAUGACUGCAAGUUGGAUCAUUUGCAGAUCCGGGAUGGAAGCUCCGAGCUGUCACCGUCUAUGGGUAUCUUCUGUAACACUAGUGUUCCGGACAGAGUGAGGUCCACGUCUAACACCAUGUGGAUCAGAUUCCGGUCUGGCUCUCAGUCAGGCACUGGCUUCAAUGCAACUUACUCAUCAGCAAUCAUUCCACAGAAGUUUCUCCUUGUCACUGACACUUAUAACGGCAUCCAUCGCAUAGACAUCGACACGGGAAGUAAUGUUACAAUCCUGCCCAAUGGUCUAGACAACCCAUAUGGUAUUGACUACGAUCCAGUAGACGGUCGUGUCUAUUGGUCAAAUGCAGAGGAGAAGACCAUUCGAUCCGCUAACCUUGAUGGCAGCGAUGCUCGGCUGGUUCACAGUGUUAGUAAAGUGGAGUGA